ACAGACAUGGUUUCUUGGUCCAAAACUUAGAAUAGCUUGAUCUUUAGUCCAAGGUUAUAUCCAAACUCUCCAAAACCCCAUAUUGUGAAUGCCAAAUUCUUCAACAGAAUCCCAGAAAUGGCUGUGCUCGAAACCAUUCCAGUUCUGCUCUCUUCUUCAUCAUCAUCAUCGUUUCUUGACACUAGCACUGUCAUUGCACUCACUGUUUUCUUUGCACUCCUCUGUGCUUGCAUCAUUAUUGGACACCUCCUGGAAGAGAACCGCUGGGCUAACGAGUCCAUCACCGCGCUUCUUCUGGGGUUGUGCUGUGGAGUGGUGGUGUUGCUGAUAACUAAAUUCCAUAGUUCACGCAUACUAGUGUUUAGUGAGGACUUGUUCUUCCUCUAUUUGCUUCCCCCAAUCAUUUUCAAUGCCGGUUUUCAGGUCAAGAAAAAGCAAUUUUUCAAGAAUUUCACCACAAUAUUGUUGUUUGGGGUAGUUGGUACUGUAAUUUCAUUUUGCCUUAUAUCAUUAGGGGCCUAUUUGUUAUUUAAAAGAAUUGGUGUGACAAGCCUGGAUAUUAAAGACUACCUAGCUGUUGGUGCCAUAUUGUCAGCAACUGAUUCAGUUUGCACGCUGCAGGUUCUCAAUCAAGAUGAAACGCCCUUACUUUACAGUAUUGUAUUCGGUGAGGGAGUGGUGAAUGAUGCCACCUCUAUUGUGCUUUUCAAUGCAGUCCAAUCACUUGAUGUCAGCAACAUCGAUCUGCUUACAGCAUUAAAAUUGUUGGGGACCUUCCUGUACCUCCUCUUCACCAGUACUGCUCUUGGUAUAGCAGCGGGUCUUAUAAGUGCGUAUAUCAUAAAGACACUUUACUUUGGAAGGCACUCCACAGACCGUGAAGUUGCACUCAUGAUGCUUAUGGCCUAUUUGUCAUACAUGUUGGCUGAGCUUUUAAAUCUAAGUGGGAUUUUGACAAUAUUCUUUUGUGGCAUUGUCAUGUCUCACUACACUUGGCAUAAUGUUACAGAAAGCUCACGAGUUACAACCAAGCAUGCAUUUGCAACAAUAUCUUUCAUUGCAGAGACUUUUAUAUUCCUAUAUGUUGGCAUGGAUGCCUUAGACAUUGAUAAAUGGAAAAGCAGCAAAGCAAGCCCAGGAACUUCCAUUGCUGUCAGUUCAACAUUAUUUGCAUUAGUGUUGGUUGGAAGAGCAGCAUUUGUGUUCCCUAUUGCCAAUAUUACAAAUUGCAUAAAGAAAAGACCAAGUACGAAAAUUGAGCUACGGAAACAGUUUAUAAUAUGGUGGGCAGGCCUUAUGAGAGGUGCAGUAACUAUUGCCUUGUCUUAUAACGAGUUUGCAAAUUCUAACACGACGUUAACAGAAGAUAGUGCACUAAUGAUCACCUCAACUAUAAUUGUUGUUUUGUUUAGUACCGUGGUGUUUGGUUCCAUAACAAAGCCCCUUAUUGAAGCAGUGUUGUUACGGAAUGCAAAACCAGUACAUUCAGAUGCAACUGACAUACCAAGUCUAGAUGACUUGCAAAUAUUAUUCCUUGAAAAUUGUGAUCCGAGUGAUCAAGGUGGUAGCAAUGAACCUACCCGCCGGAAGGGUAGCUUAAGCUUGCUAAUAAGUAACCCCACUUCAACUGUUCACUAUUUUUGGAGAAAGUUUGACGACAAGUUCAUGAGACCAGUAUUUGGCGGACGGGGUUUUGUCCCAUUUGUUCCCAGUUCUCCAACUGGUGCAGCAGAUCCUCAAACUUCUUAAUGCUAUUUUCUGGUGCAACAAACUUGUAAUGGAGCUGCAAGAUUUCAUUUUUGAUUUUUGAUUUUUUUAAUAAUGCAGAAAAAGAAAAGCAUUCACAUAAUUAAUUGUAUCAUAGGAGGUAAAUUAUUUAUAGACUUCAGUGACAACAGUUGGAGUAUAUCUAUAUGUUGAUUUUUAUUUGUCAGCAUUAUAAGCAUGAAUGUGUAAUUUUUAAAUUCUAGUGAA